AUGGCCGAGGGUUAUUAGGAUAAUUAAUUAACAGCUAGUUACCCCUCGGCCAGAAUAUAAAAGCCUGCAGCUGUCAGCGCUUAGGGUGGCGGAGAGAGCGAAUGCUGUCAACCAGAGAAAAAGGAUACCAAAGAAAACAAAUGAAACUUGAAAAGCCAAUGACUUGGAAACCAUGUAUUUUCUUCCUGUUUCUACUAUGUAUCUUCAUAAUGUCCUUUUUUUCUGGAGUCAUUGAAAGAUUUGAUAAACAGCAAAUCCUGAAGAUGAAUCAAUUAAAAUCAAGUUCCAAAUCAACAAUGACCACUAUUAGAAAGGAUCGAGGGAUAUGGACUGUAGACUCAAUUGGCCGUCUUGGCAAUCAGAUGGGUGAGUAUGCAACUCUGUAUGCCUUGGCUAAGCAAAACAAUCACCAAGCAUACAUACUUCCAGAGAUGCAUGAGUACUUAGCACCAAUCUUCAAGAUCACUUUACCUGUGCUUCAUAGUAAAAUUAACACAAACAUACAAUGGAAACAUUACGAGCUCCAUGACUGGAUGUCCAAUGAGUAUUACAACAUUCCUGGGGAUUAUGUGAAGCUAACAGGCACUCCUUGCUCUUGGACCUUCUACCAUCAUAUUAAAGAAGACAUCCUUAGGGAAUUCACCUUCCAUGAUUUCCUCAAAGACGAGGCCAACCGGUACCUGGAAGGUAUUAAAGGGAGUCGUGAAAAUGUCACCUUCAUUGCAGUCCAUGUGCGAAGGGGGGACUAUGUGCAUGUUAUGAGAGACGAAUGGAAGGGAGUGAUAGCAGAUAAGGCCUACAUUGAUAAAGCCAUGUCUUAUUUCAGGAACAAGUAUCAAGAACCUGUGUUUGUGGUAACCAGCAAUGGCAUGGAGUGGUGCAAAGAGAACAUUGAUGCUUCUAAAGAAGAUGUGUUUUUCUCUGGUGAUGGAAAUGAAUCAAACCCAGCAAAGGACUUUGCUAUUCUUGCUCACUGCAAUCACACCAUCAUGACUAUUGGGACAUUUGGCUACUGGGCUGGGUAUCUUGUUGGUGGGGAGACGGUUUAUCUCUCCAACUUCACACUCCCUGAAUCACCAUUUCUGAAAGAAUUCAAGUAUGAAGCUGCCUUCCUUCCUGAAUGGCAUGGGAUCCCAGCUGAUCUUUCACCUCUUCUGAAUUCAAUCAAACCAUAGAUCGAUGAAUUGCUCUACUUCACUUGUAACAAUGAACAACUUGGCCAAAAAUUAGGAGGACUCGCUGACAGCACGCCCUUCAGAGGACACGCAUGCUUGCCUUCAUCUCUGCCAAAUCAAUAUGGGAGCAGCAGCACUGAGACAAGGUCUUAAAAACAAUUGGAUAUUUCAAAUUGGGAGAAAAUGGGUAAAAAUAAUUGCCGAUUCCAAAUUUAAAAAUAAAAAAAGUUUGGAGAACAAAACAAGAGAGAAUGGUAUUCCACGCCAAACAAGGAGGCGAGUGAAAUGGGGACAGUUUUGGCUGAAUUCAGAAAACUCUGUAAAGAUGUGAACACCAGCCUUCAAAUAGUAGAAGAGGCUGAAAGCAGAAUUAGUGAAAUGGAAGACAGCUGCAUCAGCCGGGAGAGAUUAAGAAAGAAAGGCAUCAUUGAUUAUUGCAAUUCAGUCUGAUCCGCAGGAUACAUUACAACACAGAACAAUAUUUCAAACAGUUUCUCAGAUAACAAACAUCAUUGUACCACCUGAGCCAUGCCUGAUAUGUCUUGGCGAUAUGUCUUUAGUGACAAAUAUGGGCAUUGGGGAUGUUUGAUUUAUUAAGAUGACACUAAUAACAGCUGAUAAAUGUAUUGCUCUUUGUUGGAAAAAUGAUAACUCCCCAAAUCUAUCUAUGUGGUUGGGGAAUAUUUGCUCAUAUGUCCUUAGUGAAAAAAAAUACUGUAGGAUUUGAAAAAGGAACCGGCUCUAUUUGAAGAGAUAUGGAGUGGAUUUAUUAACUUCCUUAACUCCUCAACUUAUUUUGCCACCACAAAGUAUAGCUCCCUCCUGACCAGAGUUUAUCCGCAGUCCAGUUAUUUUUGUUAUAUAUGUUAUAUUAUAUAACAUAUAAUUUAAAAUAUAUUAUAGAACAUAUAAUAACACAGCUGCUUAAAAUGUGUUUCUUUUAAGCAGCUCUUAAAAUAAACAAAUCCCCUGGGCCGGAUGAGAUCCUCCCAAUAGUACUCAAAGAAAUGAAAUA